AUGGCGACAGUGUUGGCGAAAGAUUCAGUUCGUAAAGGCGAGGAUGGGCAGCCAUUGCUUUCGCUGGAAGGUGCGCCCCCUUUGGGAGCACCCGUCGAGGAGAAGCGCUUUUGGUUCCAGCGAGACAAGUCUUACGACCCAUUCGCCAUCGCCACCCAGCCGAGCGUGUUCGACGAUCCAGAUACUACCGAUAAGUACCAUCCCCGACCUGACUGGGAGAAUUAUCACCGGUUCGACCCACUGGCUCGGUGGACAUGGGCAGAAGAGUAUGCUCUAGUGCGCAAGAUAGACCUGAAGAUCAUGGUCUGGGCCUGCAUCAUGUUCAUGGCACUUGAACUUGACCGCGCGAACAUCAGUCAAGCGAACACGGACAACAUGCUUGGUGAUCUUGGCAUGACCACCGACGACUUCAACCUCGGCAACACCGUCUUCAAGCUUGCGUUCCUCUGUGCCGAACUGCCGUCUCAACUGGUAUCCAAGUGGGCAGGGCCAGACCGCUGGAUACCAGCACAAAUGGUGCUGUGGAGCAUUGUCGCCAGCAGCCAGUUUUGGCUGGGCGGGAGAGACUCGUUCCUCUUUUGUCGAGCGCUCUUGGGCUUGCUACAGGGCGGCUUCAUCCCGGAUGUUAUCCUUUAUCUUUCUUAUUUCUACAAGCACCACGAGCUCUCUCUGCGGCUCGGGUUCUUCUGGACGGCCAUGAGCACCGCAGACAUCCUAUCGGCCCUCUUCGCGCACGGCAUCCUCCACUUGCGUGGUUUCCAGGGGCACGCAGGAUGGAGAUACCUGUUCCUCAUCGAAGGGCUGUUCACGCUCGUGAUCGGCAUCUUUGGGUUCCUCCUCAUGCCGGCGGGACCCUGCCAGACAGCCAGCUGGUUCCGCGGCAAACGCGGCUGGUUCACCGAAAGGGAAGAGACGGUCAUGGUCAACAGAGUGCUCCGCGAGGACCCAGGAAAAAGCAGCAUGCACAACCGCGAGCCCAUCACACCGCGUCUCCUCUGGGACAGCCUCAGGGACUACGACCUGUGGCCGAUCUACCUCCUCGGCCUGACCUUCCAGAUCCCCAUGACCCCGUCGUCUCAGUACCUGACCCUGACGCUGCGCAACCUGGGCUUCGACACCUUCCAGUCGAACCUGCUGGCCAUCCCGUACACCGUCGGUCAUAUGAUUACCAUGCUCGGGAUUACAUAUCUUGGCGAAAUCAUUGGCGAACUCACAUUCGUUGCCAUGUCGAGUCAAAUUUGGGCGCUGCCCAUCUUGAUCUACCUCAAUGUUGUGAACACCGCGGAAGUUAACAGAUGGGUUCUGUACGCCGUCAUCACUCUUCUUCUCAUGUACCCCAAUCCUCAUCCUAUCCAAGUCGGAUGGAACAGCCGCAACUCCAGCACGGUUCGCUCACGGACCGUCUCUGCUGCCUGCUACAACAUGUUUGUGCAGACGAGCGGGAUCAUCUCGUCCAACGUCUAUCGAUCUGACGACGCGCCGCUGUACAAACGCGGCAACCGCUCUCUUCUCGGGGUCGUGUGCAUGAACCUGGUGCUCUAUCCUCUGGUCAAGGCCUACUACGUCUACCGCAACAAGAGACGCGACAGGAUCUGGAACGGCAUGUCGGCGGCCCAGCGGCUUGCGUACUUGGAGACGACCAAAGACGAGGGCAACAAGCGGCUGGACUUCCGGUUCAGUCACUGA